UAAAAGGCUCGAGCGGUCAGAAGCCGCUUCAGUGUGUCUGCUCUCUGUCUGUGUCCGCCGCUCCGCAACAAACCUGCUGCUGCUGCUUCUCUUUUUAACCGACUUUUAAUCAGUUAACGUGUCUUUUAUUCGUGUGUCCACGUGAAGGGAGGAAAUCAAAAUGCUUUCUGCUCGCUCUCCUCUUUCCGUCAAGGAUGAAAACGGCGUCAUCAGUCAGGUCAACAACAUGUCGCUAGACAAAGAAAACACGCCUCCGAGUCUGAACACGACCCGGAUCUUGGCGUCUAAAACCGCGCGGAAAAUCUUCGACGAUGCUGCGCCCAAAGCAGUGAAGAAGAGCAGCAGCAGGGAGAAAGAGGAGGAGCCUCUGCUGAAGGACAACCCUCGUCGCUUCGUCAUCUUCCCCAUCCAGUACCACGACAUCUGGCAGAUGUACAAGAAGGCCGAGGCGUCUUUCUGGACCGCUGAGGAGGUGGAUCUGUCGAAGGACCUGCUGCACUGGGAGUCUCUGAAGGACGAGGAGAGGUACUUCAUCUCUCACGUGUUGGCUUUCUUUGCCGCCAGCGACGGCAUCGUCAACGAGAAUCUGGUGGAGCGCUUCACACAGGAAGUGCAGGUGACGGAGGCCAGGUGUUUCUAUGGUUUCCAGAUCGCCAUGGAGAACAUCCACUCAGAGAUGUACAGCCUCCUCAUCAACACAUACAUCAAGGAGCCCAAAGAGAGAGAAUACCUGUUCAACGCCAUCGAGACUCUGCCGUGUGUAAAGAAGAAGGCCGACUGGGCGAUCAACUGGAUCGGCAACAAGAGCGCCAACUACGGUGAGCGUGUGGUGGCCUUCGCCGCCGUGGAGGGAAUCUUCUUCUCUGGUUCCUUCGCUGCGAUCUUCUGGCUGAAGAAGAGAGGCCUGAUGCCCGGCCUGACCUUCUCCAACGAGCUCAUCAGCAGAGACGAGGGUCUGCACUGUGACUUCGCCUGUCUGAUGUUCAAACACCUGGUGAACAAACCGUCAGCAGAAACCGUCACCAAGAUCAUCAAGAACGCCGUGGAGAUCGAGCAGGAGUUCCUGACGGACGCUCUGCCGGUGAAGCUGAUCGGGAUGAACUGUGACCUGAUGAAGCAGUACAUCGAGUUUGUAGCCGACAGACUGAUGCUGGAGCUCGGCUUCACAAAGAUCUACCGGGCGGAGAACCCCUUCGACUUCAUGGAGAACAUCUCUCUGGAGGGAAAGACCAACUUCUUUGAGAAGCGUGUGGGCGAGUACCAGAGGAUGGGCGUGAUGUCCGGCACCACAGACAACACCUUCAGGCUGGACGCCGACUUCUGA